UCUUCCAUGUGAUUUUUAUGCAGGAAGGUUCUCCAAACGCUAGACAGGUUUGAGGUUUAAGCAGCCGUCCGCGAACGGGCAGCGGCGGCUCUCUCCACAAUGGCGGAAAAGGCAAUAUUAGAGUUCCUCAAGGAGGAGGACGAGAUCCCCGACUCCCAAGUCUUCGCCGCCUCCGUCGGAAUCGACCACACCGAUCUCGAGAACGUCAUCAAGAGUCUCCGCGGCUUCGAGAUCAUCGAGAGCCUGGAUAUCAAGAAGGAGAGCUUCGUUCUCACCGACGAGGGGAAAUCAUAUGCUGCGGAUGGCUCCCCGGAGGUGCAGUUCUUCUUGGCUGUUCCUCCUGAGGGAAUCACUCGUGAUGAUCUUAAGAAAAAAUUGGGAGACAACAUUGUCAACAUAGGUCUCAACUGGGCUAUGAAGAACAAAUGGGUGGAGAUUAAAAAACAGCUGGUCUUUAGAAAGGUUGAAAAUGUGGAGGAUAAAGUCAAAGAUCAACUUAAAAAAAUUGAAGAUGGAGAGGUUGUUGAUAAGAAAGAAGACAUUGAUGCUUUGAAGAAAAGAAAGCUCAUUACCCUUCAGACAUGGAAGGCCUAUGCUUUAAGAAAGGGUCCUAAGUAUGCUCCAGAGAGGAAAAAGGCUGCAACUGAUUUGACUCGAGAACAUCUGCAAAGGGGUGAUUGGAAGGACUUGGAGUUCAAGGAGUACAACCUCUGUGCUCAAGGGCAACCAAUCCAAGUCGGCUAUUUGCAACCAUUGCUAGAGGUUCGUGAGGAAAUCCAGAAUAUCUUCCUUCAGAUGGGUUUCGAGGAGAUGCCAACAAACAACUUUGUAGAAAGCAGCUUUUGGAAUUUUGAUGCAUUAUUCCAGCCGCAACAGCACCCUGCUCGUGAUUCACAUGACACUUUCUUUCUUAAAGUUCCUGCUGCUACAAGACAAUUACCUGAAGAUUAUGUGGUGAGGGUAAAGCGUGUUCAUGAAUCUGGUGGUUAUGGGUCCAAGGGGUAUGGAUAUGACUGGAAAAGAGAAGAAGCAGACAAAAACCUACUUCGAACUCAUACAACUGCAGUUUCUACGAGAAUGCUUUACAUGCUUGCUCAGCAGAAACCUUUCAGGCCUAAGAGGUAUUUCUCUAUUGAUCGUGUUUUUCGUAAUGAAGCAGUAGACCGGACUCAUCUUGCAGAGUUCCAUCAGAUUGAAGGUCUUAUAUGCGAUCAUGGGCUCACCCUUGCUGAUCUGCUUGGAGUAUUGGAGGACUUCUUUACACGCCUUGGAAUGUCCAAGCUGCGAUUCAAACCUGCUUAUAAUCCCUAUACUGAACCAAGCAUGGAGGUUUUCAGUUACCAUGAAGGUUUGAAGAAAUGGGUGGAGGUUGGAAAUUCUGGCAUGUUUAGGCCUGAAAUGCUGCUCCCUAUGGGUCUUCCUCAAGAUGUUAAUGUUAUUGCAUGGGGUCUUUCUCUUGAAAGGCCCACAAUGAUUUUAUAUGGGAUCGACAACAUUCGAGAUCUCUUUGGACCCAAGGUGGAUUUCAAUCUUAUAAAGAACAAUCCAAUCUGCCGCUUGGGAUUGCUCUAGAUCUGCUACGUUAGCUUGAGUGAUACGGUCAUGAUGCAUCUGCUGAAAUUUCUCGGCACUAAUUAUCACUACAUAUAGGUGGAUCAUUUUUUGCUCUUAGAGCAGGUAAUAUUUCAGAGAAGUCAUAAGUUCUGUGAUCCUGAAUUCUUGUACUCAUUGAAAUUCAAAGCUUGUGAAGUCAGAGAUAAUGGAGGAGGAAACCAGCAAAGAUUGUGGUCAUGCCUUCUAAAAGUUCACAGCGUGCUUACCCCACCAAUGCAAUGGGUGUUCAAGAGUAUUUUCUGCUGUCUUGGAAUACGGAAGUUAUGCAUUAGGCCAUUGCAGUUGUGGCAAAUAGAAGCAUGGCGAGGACUAAAUUUAUUGUACUUGGUAUCUUGGAACGUCGGUCAUGCUUGAUUAAGUCAUUAGACAUUCAUCUAUAUGUGCUUGUCUUGGCAUAAUUGCAGGAGCAAAACAUAAGCAUGGCCAAGAGUGAGAAGUUCAUUAGGGGCCUCUGUUUGGGUCCCUGGGAUAACAUGAGACAGCCAUACCGUGCGUAAUGGAAUUGUUACUUGAUUUUUGUUGCUCUGAUG